AUGGCAGACCAAAUUACAGAUCCCCAGGAAGGUCAGUCCCCUUCUGGUCAUGACGACAGCAUUGCGCCCGAACAGAGAGGCAUCAAGAGACAGCGCACCUCCAACGCUGCGCCCGCCGACGACGAUGACGACGACGACGACAAGCCUGGCCGCGAGAGAAGAAAGAUCGAAAUCAAGUUCAUCCAAGACAAGUCGCGUCGUCACAUCACUUUCUCCAAGAGAAAGGCUGGUAUCAUGAAGAAGGCCUACGAAUUGUCUGUCCUCACUGGUACUCAAGUCCUUCUUCUUGUUGUGUCAGAGACUGGUCUCGUCUACACCUUCACUACCCCCAAGCUCCAGCCUCUGGUGACCAAGGCCGAGGGCAAGAACUUGAUCCAGGCAUGCCUCAACGCUCCCGAACCCGCCGAUUCGAACGGUGUCGACGGUGAAUCGACUGUCGACUCUCCGGAGGACACACACGCCAACGUCCCUGCCCCAGCUGCCGGCAUGCAACCUCGUGCCGCUGGCAUGCCCCCCAACCAAUACGCAAUGACACCCGAUCAGCAGCAAGCUCUGCACUACCAAGCAUAUCUCCAGCAACAACAGACUGGUGCCUACCCCAUGUCUGGCGCACCCAUUCCUGGUCGUCACCCCGGACACCAAUAG